AUGUCAGGAACAAUGACAACUAAUUCCUCAUCGUUUAUCCUUCCAACAACAGAUGCUUCCGCGAUUGAUUACACAGAAAUCGAUCAAGCUAUUAAUCUCUGGUCUGACAUAUUUCCUAUGAUUGAAAAACAGAUUGCCACUUUGACAAGUGUUGCUCAAGAAAUGCAAGAAUGUCCUGAAAGUCAGAAGUAUGUCGAUGCUCUGAUGAAGAUUGCUGUGCGUGUUAACGACGUGGAAGAAAAGGCGACAAAAUGUAUAAAAGAAGCUCGAACUCAAUUAAAAAAGACGAAAUUAGUCGAUAAACAGAAUGAAAAGCAAAAGAAAGUUCGUCAUUCGAACUCGGACGAUGAAGAAGAUGAUAGUGAAGACGAGAUGGAAAUUGACGAAUCACAAGUUGAUGAACAAAUCGAAAUAUCUGCAUUGACAAGCGAAAGUUUAGAAAAAUUACAAAAUCAAAUUCACAAAGUCUUAAUCAAACAACCAGAUCUCAACACAUUCAAUCUUGACUCUGACAAUCGCUAUGCUGACUUUGCCGAUUGUAUUUCUAAGAUGGAAAAUGGAAAUGAUGAUGUUGAUAUCGUCGAUCAAGUUACCUCGAACAAAUGUCCAUUGACACAAACAGAGUUUGUUGAACCUGUGCAAAAUAAGAAAUGCAAACACAAAUACGAGAAGACAGCGGUGUUGAAAUACAUUGCUGAGAAAAGUAAAUCCAAACGUCCAGUUAAAUGUCCAUACUCUGGUUGUGAUAAUAUUCUUCAUGAAAAAGAGCUUAUUCAUGCCUAA